CUCAACAAAGAUUAAAGCUUACGCGAUUAUUAUUUAGAGAUAAUAUUCCGAGUUUUCCGACUCAUAUUUUAUUUUUACGCUGAUUUUACAUUUCUCCAACCCAAUUUUUACAUUUCUCCAACCCAAUUCCAUCAAGUUCCAGUGCAACUUUUCUUCCGUUUCCAUUAGGUCGAACGAGUACGAAGUACUUACGAAAAGAAGGGAAAUGGGUAACUGGAGGGUUAGCAACUUAGUUGGUCAGCAGUUGUCCCCUGUGACAGGGGACCAAUAAUUCAAAACUCAAGUAUGUCAAUCGUGUGUGAUCGCCAUGUGACAGUGAUACUAUUCGGGCCCUCAGUGGAGUUACUUAGGGGGAACUUACAUGAACCCCAAGUAAUGUGGGUAUGUCGUUACCACGAUACUCAGUCGCGUUCUUAUAUUUCCUAGAGCUCUUGUUCUGCUUUUUUGCUUCGAUUUGUAGUGUUUACAUGCCACCGCGAUUGUUCUCUUGCUCGCGAUGUGGCAAAGAGCUACAUGGAUGGGGGGCUACAAGAAUGUGUGCCCAAAAACGCUGUCUUCGACUAUGGAGACCAUUCCUGUCGCUCCUACCUCGAGCCACAACCGCGCCUUACCAGCGCCCGCGCCCCCAGUAAUAGCAGAACGUUUGUCCGUUUAUCAAAAGAGCGCAUCAUGCGGCGCACCCAAACGGUGCAAGGCCCGCUUCCGGGGCGUCUAUGCCGAGGGUCUCCACCAAUAACGACAGACGACUGCCGGAGCAGUCCAUAAAUUCAUACCUGACCAUUCCAAUACACACGUGCCGAGCGAAAGCGCGAGGCUUACCUUGUUGUGGUGUAGUUCUGGACUUUUUAUCUCCAAAGUAUGCGAUCUGAGCUGUGUGAUCAGCAGAGAAGCUCUGGUCGGCGGAUUCAGAAUGGUGUUCAUUCCACCGCAGCGUGUCGCGUUUGUCCGUACGUUUUGAUACGGCCAGCGUUUCGUGAGAUACAACGGGAGUGGAAUAUGUCCGACAACAAAGCAGAGGCUUUUAAAAAAGUGGAAUUAGCUUUCAAGCGGAUGGCUGCAGCGAACGCCGAUGUUAUUCCGGCUGGAGCAGAAAGCGAAGAGGAAGAGACGCCGAAUGAGCGCGCAAAGCCUGGCAUUCCGGCUGAGCCAGGAUAUCCGGCUGUGCAACGAGAAACUCAAUACGUGUGCUUCAACUGCCGAAAGCCGGACACGGGGCACACUACUAGUCAGUGCCGCCGUUGGAACAGUCGCCGAUUUCAGCCCCGUGACGGGGAACGAGCAGAAAAAUUCAAGGAAUCUUUGGAGACCGAAGACAUCCUUGCCACGUUUGACAGCCGGACCCGAGGACUCACGUUCACAGACCUGCAAACUGACCCUGACAACUCUGUGGAUAUACCAGAGAAAAAGUUUUUAUUGAUGAUUCGCGAACGCGGAGUACUUGACAUUAUUAAACGCCUGACUGUGCAAGGUUUAAAAGCGGAAAACCGAUUGAAAGAAGGAACUGUAUUGGAAAUAUUUUCGGACGAUGGAGUUAUUACCAUUAAAAGCCCAAGAUAUUCUACGCUAAUAAAGAUGUAUUAUGAUGACUUUACAACACUAACGUAUCGCGUUAUGUCUACCAGAUGGGGCAGAGCCUCCCUUUGAAUGCUACUGUGGGUGAGUGUGUGUGUAUGUGUGUGUUCUCCCGCUGAUUAUUUUAUUCAUACUUAUUAACAUAUUCGCUCAAACAUGCAAUAUUGAUACACAUCAAACAAAUAGUUAACAAUUGAAACAGUAACAUGUUACUGUUACUGUUCACCUUUAAGACCCAUAUACUACUUGAAUAAAACAUGAACGCUUAAAAAUGGCUACAUCCCACGCCACGCAGAACCAGUUUACGCACACCAUGCAUCUUGGUUUGGUCUAGGACGACCCUCCAGAUCUUCGGCUGAAUUUGAUUGCAUGCGCUUAUUGCCGCCCCCAUAGGGGCCCUGC